AUGAAAUAUAUAAUCGAGCAUAUGGAACAAGGCUUCAGCGAAUGGGUCACUUUGGAAUACGCCCAAAUAAUACGCGAUGUAGGCUGUGAGAAUUUAAUAUUAUCAUCGCUACCAAAAGAUACAACUUCAAAAGAUAUUCCACCCAAGCUGCUCGAAAUGAGUCUCAGAUGGACCACUAAUGACCUAAACCAUCUGAAAGAACAGUUUCCUGAUUUGGAGCCUCUAAAAAAUGGGAGAGUUUGUUUGUUAGAUCCAAGAGCAGACCAGGAUCUACAGCCUGAUGAGGCUGAAAAAUUUGAUUAUUUCGUUUUUGGGGGAAUAUUGGGGGACCACCCUCCUAGGGAUCGUACCAGCGAAUUGAAACUGGCCUAUCCGGAUCUUAUUGUUGGUAGAAGACUGGGGGACAAACAAAUGACCACAGACACAGCCAUCAGAACAACUCAAAUAAUCAUUGAGAAGUCAACAAAAUUCAAGGAUAUCAAGUUUAUUGACUACCCCGAAUUCAGAUUCAACAAGAAUGAAGCUACCGAGAUGCCUUUUAGAUAUGUCCUAGACUCAGACGGUGCGCCCAUUCUGCCACGAGGCAUGCUGGACUUGAUCAAACAGGACUCUGAGCAAAGUCUUGACGAUUUGCUCUGA